CAUCUACUCCAACUUACCACACAUUCCCAGGAACUUAAGCUUUGUGUCUCUUGUUCUAUAAACAACAGAUCAUCUGCAAUUAUUAAUAGAAAAAGCAAACUAAAUAGGUAGGAAGGGGAGGAUUUGAAAACCACAAAAUCUUCCCUUCCAGUCGAACUGAACAUGGUAAGGAUUUUGAAAUUAUUCCCAUCAAUUAACGGAUAUGAUGAACCCGACUGAAAUUUUCUAAGUCGACUGAUAGAAAAAUUCUCAAUUCUGUCGUUUGACGCAAAAUUCUACAUUUCUUUUUCUCACUUUCCCGCCUUCUUGUACUGAAACGUUUCCAGUUCUCAAGUCCUUUCAAAGUUGCCAUUAAACCUUCGAAGGUUUUCAUUUUUCAUUCUUUACUUAUUAUUCCAUUCAUAUGUUCAUUAAAACCCUCAAAUUCUGCGAAUCGCCAAGCAAACUGAGUUUACUUGAAUUCUUGAGUACCCAAUUGAUAUUUCACAAUGUCGCUCAAACCCAAUAUUCGUACGGAGCUCAGGAGAAAAUAUUACAAGAUGGGUGUUGAUGCAGAGGACGCUCGGCGAAAGAGAGAAGACAAUCUUAUCGAAAUCAGGAAGAAUAAGAAGGAUGAUAAUCUCCUCAAGAAGAGAAGACAAGGAAUGCAGGGUGCUCAACAAGGGCAAUUUACCGUUGGUAGCAAGGCUAGGCUUACCGUGGGAGUAUAUUCAGCUGACCUGGCAGAGCUUUGCUUGGUUCAUGAUUCAACAACUGGAAAAUUUUCCUGCAAUGGUGUCAGGAGUAUACUCAAAUGAUCCUAGUCUGCAGUUGGAAGCAACUCAUCUAUUCAGGAAGCUUCUUUCAAUUGAACGGUGCCCCCCCAUUGAGGAAGUUAUUAAUGCAGGCAUUGUACCUCGGUUUGUAGAGUUCCUUACAAGGCAUGAGUUUCCUUCACUUCAGUUUGAAGCUGCAUGGUCUUUGACAAACAUUGCAUCAGGAACCUCAGAACAAACAAGAGUUGUGAUUAAUCACGGAUCUGUUCCACAUUUUGUGGAGCUUCUUAGAUCCCCUAGAGAUGAUGUGCGGGAACAGGCUGUUUGGGCUCUUGCAAAUCUAGCUGGUGACAGCACCGAGUUUAGAGAUAUAGUCCUCAGUCAUGGUGCCCUUAUGCCACUCCUGGAUCAAUUGAAUGAUCAUACAAAGCUGUCAAUGCUGAGAAAUGUUAGUUUUACACUGCAUAAUAUCUGCCGUGGCACACCACAGCCACCCUUUGAGCAGACAAAAUUAGCACUUCCAGCUCUUGGUUGUCUCAUUCAAAUAGAUGAUGAAGAAAUCUUGUCAGAUGCAUGUUGGGCUCUGUCAUACCUGUCAGAUGGAACAAAUGACAGAAUUCAAGCUGUGAUAGAGGCUGGUGUUUGCCAUAGACUUCUUAAACUUUUGCUACAUCCUUCUUCUAAUGUUCUUAUUCCCGCCCUUCGAGCAGUGGGCAAUAUGGUUACUGGAGACAAUAUCCAAACUCAGAUUGUGAUUGACAAUCAAGUGCUUCCUUACAUUUUACCUAUCCUGUCAAAUAAUCUUAAGAAGAAUAUCAAGAAGGAAGCAUGUUGGAUGAUAUCCAACAUCGUGGCAGGCCAUAAAGAGCAAAUACAGGCUGUCAUAGAUGCAAACAUUAUUCCACCACUUAUGAGUUUGCUUCAAAAUGCUGAAUUUGACAUCAAGAAAGAGGCGGCUUGGGCAAUCUCCAAUGCCACAUCAGGUGGUUCGCAUGAGCAAAUCAUGUUUUUGGUUGAUCAAGGAUGCAUUAAGCCUCUGUGUGAUCUGUUAGACUGUAAAGACCCAGAACUUGUGAACCUUUGCCUUGAGGGCCUUGAGAAUAUCAUGAAAGUAGGAGAAGCAGAAAAGGAACUAGGGAACACUGCAGGCAUAAAUCUAUAUGCUCAAUACGUUAAUGAUGCUGGAGGAAUUGAAAAGAUAGAGAAUUUGCAGAUUUACAAUAAUGAUGAGAACUAUGUGAAGGCUGUACAGAUUCUUGAAACCUAUUGGGAAAAAGAUGAUGAGAACUACUAUGUAAUAGAAGAUGAUGGGAAGAAUGACCUAUGCAUAGUUGCUAAUGGCACUGAUGAUCAGCCAACUUUCAAUAUUGGUGCAAAUCAAGCAGAAAAACUUCCCAGCGGUUUCACUUUUGGUUAAGGAGGUCUUCUUUUGAUGCCUUCUAUGUUCUAAAAUGUGAUUGCUACUUGUUCUUGUGCGUAAAAUUUUGCUAAAUUUUGUGGCAGCUGAAAUUUUGGGCGUGCAGUGUAUUUGUGAGACUUUUAAAGAUAAAUCUGUGAUAUAUCUUUUUCAAAGAAAUAAAUUUACUGUGGAUAUCCCCAUUUCUUGGGAAUUGUUUGCACCUUUGUAUUGUUUUCAUUGAGGGAUUUAAAUGUUAGAGACAUAUUUAAGCCGACAAUAAAGUUUCCCAGCUGUCUAUAUUGGCUAUCUUUGUCUCUGUGUUCGUUCAAAGUGAUAAUAAAUAUUGACAGGCUGUAUGAUGGUAUUUUUUGUCAGCCCAAUUUUGUCA